AUGGCUGGGGCCGUGUUACCGAGCUCUGUCAUCCGGGCUGUCAAUCAGCUGCUGAGGAGGAAGAGAUACCGAGCCGCCCUAGCCGUGAUCAAAGGAUUCCGGAAUGGAGCAGUGUAUGGAGCUAAAAUCCGGGCACCGCAUGCACUGGUGAUGACAUUCCUGUUUAAGUCUGGAAGUUUUAUAGACAAGCUGAAAGCCAUCCUCCAGGCGACAUUCACUCAUUCGCGGAAUCUUGCUUAUUUCGUCUUCACAUAUAAGAGCCUCUUGACAGCCCAGGAGAAAAUACAUGGAAGCAAAUGGCAGUUCCAUUCCUUCCUGGCAGCUUGUGUGGGCGGAUGGGUGGUAUUCGGAGAGAAUAAUCACAUCAAUAGCCAGAUAAACAUGUACUUGUUGUCUCGGAUCCUCUUCGGCUUGUCCCGGCUGGCAGUGGAGAAGGGAAUCAUCCCGGAGCCCAAGUAUGAUGUCUUCCCUAUUUUCUCAGCCCUGGUGUGGGGAAUUGUGCUCUGGCUGUUUGAAUACCACCGCCAUACUCUCCAGCCCUCGCUGCAGUCCUCCAUGACGUAUCUAUAUGAUGACAGCAACAUUUGGCAUGACAUCUCAGACUUCUUGAUAUACAACAAGCCUAAGCAGGAUAAAUAA